AACAGCUGAGCAAAUAAAAAUAUUAUUGUUAUCAAUCGAAAAAGGGCGUCGGAAUAAAGAAAAUACAGUAAAACUUUAAACAAAUUAAUUAAAAUAACUACAAAUACCUUAACUAAACCCUUAAAAUAAAACAAACAACAUGAAGAAGAAGGUUUUACUUAUGGGCAAAAGUGGUUCGGGUAAGACCAGUAUGCGUUCCAUUAUAUUUGCCAACUAUAUAGCCAGAGAUACCACUCGUUUGGGAGCCACCAUCGAUGUGGAGCAUUCCCAUGUCAGAUUUUUAGGCAAUUUGGUGUUGAAUCUUUGGGAUUGUGGUGGUCAGGAGGGUUUUAUGCAGCAAUAUUUUGCUUCUCAACGCGACAAUAUCUUUCGCAAUGUUGAGGUAUUGAUUUAUGUGUUUGAUGUUGAAAGUCGUGAAUUGGAAAGGGAUGUACACUACUAUCAGUCAUGUUUGGAGGCUUUGUUGCAGAAUUCUCCUGAUGCCAAAAUCUUUUGUUUAAUACACAAAAUGGAUUUGGUAGCAGAAGAACAACGAGAGACUUUAUUCAAAGAUCGUGAAGAUGAUUUAAUACGUUUAAGUCGUCCAGGCAAUGUCACCUGUUUUAGAACCAGUAUAUGGGAUGAAACUUUAUACAGAGCCUGGUCCAGCAUUGUUACCAUGCUUAUACCCAAUGUGGCCGCCUUGGAAAACUCUCUCACCCAUUUUGCCAAUGUCAUCGAGGCCGACGAAGUUUUACUCUUCGAAAAGGCCACCUUCUUGGUCAUUUCCCAUUGUCAAAGUAAAAAGAAUCGUGAUUCUCAUCGUUUCGAAAAGGUCUCCAAUAUAAUAAAACAAUUUAAAUUGAGCUGCUCCAAGUUGGGUGGUAAAUUCCUAUCGAUUGAAGUACGCAAUAGUGCCUUUGCUGCAUUCAUAGAUACCUUUACUAGCAACACUUAUGUUAUGGUCGUCAUGUCGGAUCCCACCAUACCAUCGGAGGCCACUUUGGUUAAUAUACGCAAUGCUAGAAAAUAUUUCGAGGAAUUGGAGAAUCCCAAUAGUAAUGCCGUUAAUCAUCAUCAAUAUCAUUGAGUACAUGUGCAGCAUGACAGUGAGUACGAGUGGCAGUUUAAAUUUGAAUAGUUGAAUGAAGAAGAAAAUGCUUUCCUUUUUUACUACUUUUAUGCAUAUUAAAAUGUAAUGUGUAAAUUGUUUUUUUGUUAAACGUGUUUUGUUAGGCCUAAGGUUCCCUUUUUUUCCAUAAUAAGCAUAAAAUAUUAUUAAUAUACAAUACAAAUAAUAAAAAAAACAAAAAUUAUA